AACGCUCCUCAGGCAUCACUGGUACUCUAGUGUGGCAAAUAACUGUGUUUAAUACAUAGUGUUUAUUUUCCCGUUGUUAUGGGUGUUUAAUAAAGUGACCCAGCUUGCAAAUUUUCAAAAGUUCUGCUCAAAAAUCCCGUUUUUGCUGCGGACCGCCACAGGAACUCCGAGAACAGCCGCCACUGCUCCUGCACACGGAGCUCAGACCCCCCCGCGGCCACCUCAGCGAAGCCUCGCGAGAGUUCAGCCCCGCCCACCCGCCCACCGCGCUUUUUUCUGCUCUCGCGAGAACCGCGCCCUUUCUCUCCCUCGCGCACGCCGACAAGAUGCCUUCCAGGCUAAGGAAGACCCGGAAGCUGAGAGGGCACGUCAGCCACGGGCACGGCCGCGUGGGGAAACACAGGAAGCAUCCAGGAGGACGUGGUAAUGCUGGUGGUAUGCACCAUCACAGGAUUAACUUUGAUAAAUAUCACCCUGGUUAUUUUGGAAAAGUAGGCAUGAGACACUAUCACUUGAAGAGAAACCAAAAGUUCUGUCCUACUGUCAACCUGGAUAAACUGUGGACGCUCGUCAGUGAACAGACCAGGCUUAAUUAUGCCAAAAAUGAGGCUGGUCUGGCCCCGGUCAUCGAUGUAGUGCGCUCGGGCUACUACAAAGUCCUGGGCAAGGGGAAGCUGCCCAAGCAGCCUGUAAUUGUGAAAGCAAAGUUCUUCAGUAGAAGAGCAGAGGAGAAGAUCAAAGAAGUUGGUGGUGCCUGUGUGCUUGUGGCAUAAAAGUUUUUGUUUUAUUCAAAUUUUUUGAAUAAAAACAAUGGGUAAAAUGAACUGAUAUACAGAA